UGUGCCAUUCGAUUGAAGAGAAAUAAUAUUUGAAGAAUUGCGAUAAAUAAGGGGGUGGAAAAACACACGAGAAACUUACACGUUGGUCCGCACACACUUCCACAGUCCACGCGAGGCCACCCUCGCCAACCCCCUCUCCACUCUCUUUUUCUCUCUCCCACACACACACACACACUCUUCACAUCUCGCGUAGUACUAUGCCAUGGCCAGGCUCGAAAGGUUUAAAUGCCCUUUGGAAAUGGUGAUCGAUCGCGGCGAUUCUUUAUGAAAGCGUCGUAACGCAAACACGCGAGUCUAGCGAGAAAGCUUGUUUCAACCGCAUAAUUGUCUCAUGAGCUCGGAUCUAUUUUAGAAAAUCGUCCAAAAAAUUAAACAGUUCAAAAUCUCACUGCAAACAAAACAACCUCGCCGUCGUGCAAAACCUCAUAUAGAACAAAUAUUCGUUUAAAAUCCGUCCGUGAGCUAAAAAAAUGAAAUCAAAAGUGAAUGGGCAGUUUCGCGUCAAGUGGGUGUAAAAAAAUUGAUUGAUUUACCAUUGGUAUCGUUUUAUCAAAAGUCGGAAAGAUAAAUCGCCCUCUAAAUGUAUAUAUAUGAUCAACAGUGCGGUAUUAAUAGUGCUUGAUAAGUGUCUCGUUGAGCGGUGUGUACCUGUGGGUAUUUGUGAGCCCAUACGCAUGUCAUUAUUGGUACGAUGGCUGGACAAGGCUGCUCCUGGUUUACCGUGACUUUUGUAUAUCUCGGAGCCCUCGGAGCUCUGUCCCAAAAUCCUGUUGAGGAGCGGAACAUCUUUGAAGCUGCUUUUCAAGGACGAUGCGGUCAUGGCUCGCCGUGCGAACAGCUCUGUUACGAACUUCACGAUGGGAUGUACGAGUGUGAUUGCACCAACGGUUUUGUCCUCCACAAAAAUGGAUACAGCUGUUCCGAAAUCAAUUCGACGUCAACACCGAGCAACCAACUCUCCGAUUUCGUCAACGACAUCGAGAGCGAUGAGCUUAACACGGAAAACGAAGAGGAGGCGGUGGAAGACAUUUUGUACAUGAGGGGAGCCUCCUUCACGAUACAUUUGGAUACGAGUACGGACUCUCCGAUCCCUGGAUCGACCACGGACGCAGAGUCCAAUGAAAUCCCGAUCUCCUCGAGACCCAUCGGUGAGAUCGUUCCUGAGACGACAACGAGCCCGAAAGUGAAACAGGAGACCGAUUCGAUUGCCACGACGAGAAACGCCCACGUUGUGAGCUCAAUAAAUAACGAAUCAAUCUGCAGCCUCGAUUGCGGUCCUGCCGGCAAUUGUUAUCUCGAGCGUACGAGGAGCGAUGAUAGCGGACAAGACGCUGGUGCUGCUGAUGCUACGAACGCGGUUACCCAAAGGGAGGAGACUUCGACGACGCAGCAUCCUCGGCAACGUUGCCAAUGUCCCCUGGGAAAAAGUGGCGAUCGAUGCGAGCUCGAGCUCGAUAUAAAAUCACCUCGAUUCUCCGGCUCGGGAUGGCUUGCUUUCCCAGCAUUGAGAGCCGCUUAUAAGCAUGUCCAAUUGGACCUGGAGUUUCGUCCUGAAGCUUGGGAUGGGAUUCUAAUACUCGCCGGGGAACGCGACGAUCUACAGGGCGAUUUUAUGGCCCUUAUUUUACAUCACGGUUUCGUUGAAUUCAGAUUCGACUGCGGGAGCGGUGUCGGAGUGGUUAGGAGCACGGAAACGGUGAAACUCAACAAUUGGAACACUCUGAGCGUUUAUAGGCAUCGAUGGGACGCUUGGGUGCAAUUGAAUCAGGGAAAACGCGUGCAAGGUCGUUCGAAGGGCUUAUUCUCACGAAUCACAUUUCGAGAGCCUCUAUUCAUCGGGGGGCCUGGAAACACCACGGGUUUGGAGCGACUUCCGGUUGUGACAGGGUUUCGGGGUUGCGUCAGACAUCUGGAAGCGAACGAGCAUCGAUAUCGGUUUUCCCUUGGGCCACAGGGCGACGCGGUCAAUGGAUUUGACGUCGAGGAAUGUACGGCGGAUCGAUGCAGCAAAGUUCCGUGUUCGCACGGUGGAAAAUGUCUGGCAACGGGAGGUGAUACAGCCGUUUGUUUAUGUCCCCUUGGUUAUACCGGCGAUUUGUGCGAAACGAGAGUCGAUCUUCAGGUACCAUCCUUCAAUGGCUCGUCCUAUCUUCGGUAUCCCGGAUUGGGUGAUACGUCUUUAUCCUGGCUAGAGUUAGCGGUGACGCUCAAACCCGCAGCUCCCGAUGGAGUUAUACUUUACAACGGUCAUCAUAGCGACGCUACAGGUGAUUUUAUCGCCCUCUAUCUCUCCGCUGGACACGUACAGUUCACAUUCGACCUUGGCACUGGACCCGCAACUCUGAGGAGCGAAACACCGGUGAGACUGGGAGAGUGGCUCGAGGUACGAGUCUCAAGAACCGGAAGGCUCGCGUCACUGGAAAUGGAAAACGAUCGAGCCCAGGAGGUCUUAGCACCUGGCGCAUUUACCCAAUUAUCGUUGCCCCUCAAUUUAUACCUCGGUGGCGCACCCGCCUCCGACAUGUACACACCCAAAAUCAAAACCACUGCGAGCUUCGUCGGGUGCAUACAAACCGUUGUGCUCAAUCAUCGUGAGGUUGGGAUAUUGGCGGAAGCAUUGGGAGGCGUUAACGUCGGUAACUGCGGCCACGCUUGCGAAGCACGUCCUUGCGGGGACGCCGAGUGCCGUCCAUUGAGGGAACGUUUCACGUGUCGUUGCUAUCCGGGAAUGCCGCAUCCUUGUCCAGCCCCCAUGACUCUAGCGUCGUCCGCGGCAUCCUCCACUCUCAAUCGCACCAACGCAUUCGCCACUUUCAAUUCUGUCAACGGACUUCCGGUUCCUACUUAUCAAACGAGACACGAUGUCCCGAGCUUCAGCGGGAUCGAGAGUUACCUUCACUACAAUGACGCUGACACGAUGAAAAGGAUAAUAAGCUAUCGAGUGGACAUAAACAUGAGAUUUCGAACGAGCAGCAGUACAGGACUACUAUUAUGGAGCGGAAGACAUUCUGAUCCACCGGAACAACAAUCCGCCAACGACGAUUUCCUUGCUCUUGGUUUGAACCAAGGAUAUCUCACUCUUGCUUAUAAUCUUGGCUCUGGUGAGGCUGUUUUGAGAUACAAUAUCACGAGACUGAACGACGAUUUGUGGCAUCGCGUUAGAGCGGUCAGAAAUGAGCAGUGGGCGUCUCUGGUCGUGGACAGCGGCAUAGGAGUUUCGGCGUCUUCGCCCGGCCAGUUGAGACAACUCAACACGGACACGGGACUUUACGUCGGCGGUGCACCGGAUAUCGCGAGGACGACCGGUGGCAGAUAUUCGAGAGGAAUAGUCGGUUGCAUAAGCGAUCUAGUUUUGAACUCGGAUUUCUCAGUGGCGUUGUCAGCGCCGGAACAAUCGACCAACACUCACUCGUGCAUACCUUGAGCUCGAGUAAGGCAGACAAAAACGAGUAUAGAAAACGUAAGGAAGAAUGAAAUAAAUCGGAGAAACCUUCGCCCGUUCUUCGGUGUGUCGCGUAGAAAAGAAAAGGAUUUAAAAAAUUGUAUAAAAUGUUCAUUUUAAUCGAACGAUGAGAGACCCUACAACUCGGAUUCAACGCAUUCCCGUUGAAAUGAAAACGACUCGAACUAGUCAGCUUACAUAUUAUAUAUUGUAAAUACUAUGGCAUAGUAUAUUAAUAAUUAUGAUAUUGAUAAUAACGCCGAGUGUUUCUCGGUGUAUCAUCCAUGUGGUGGCGCUGCUGUCCCAGCUAAAUUGAAUGGAAUUGAGAAGAGUAAUUCGUUCGAAAAGAAACACUGCAUUGAAAGAGAGAAAAGAUAAAAGAAAAAAAAAUAUAGCUCCGGAGAGAUGUCGAAGACGAAGACCCUCAGCGUCAAUUUGCAUUUAAUCUCCGAAUGCUCGGACGAUGACACGUAGUCGCUGCCCACGAAGACUAUUAUUCGUCUAUUGUUUCAGACUUAUUUCAUUCUUUCGAGAUUUUCAUUUGUUUUAGCGUAUAAAAGUCUCGAAGUUAUUCGAGUAGAGAAAGAGAGGUAGAGGAAGAAGAAUGCUUGACGCACUUUUUAUAUAAAAUUGUAAGGUAGAUUUUUUCACCACUUUUUAUCACUGUUGCGUGUACGAGUGCGAGAAGUAUUUUCCGUUCGUUAUUUUUCACUUUUGAGGCGAAAGGUAAAUGUGCGCUUUUCUCUAUUUUCAGAGAAAAACCUGCGAAAAUAUGAUUUUUCGUUUAUUUCGGACUUUUCGAUGAACCAUUAUAUUUUCCACUCGGGGUUUCUCGUACACAGACAUAUUAACGCGCGUACACGAAUCCUCCGUGCUUUCGUAAUUUUGCGUAGUCAGCGAUUGUUCAAAAGUUAGGCCGGACCAAAAAUCAAAUAAGAGAUCGAAAGCCUCAUUUUGUACGCCCGCUGACGUCGUCCAAAGUCGCUAAUAUUUAUUCCUCAUCUCUCGACGCGACGCCGAUCUUUUUCCAAAUUUCUUCAAUAACGUUUUAUCGUCCCCGCCGCGCAUUUUUUAGAAGAAAAACACAAAUAUAGAGCCUUCGUCUCACCAAAUAAACGCACACGAGUAGCGAAAAACUUUAGUCAACAAAACAAAAAUGGAUUAACGUCGACGUUUAAAAUCAUUGCGAUUCGCACCGAAUGAUGUUUACCGCGGUCGUUGCACUUUCAAUAUUCAAACGGUGUGUUAUUAUAUCGUUUAUAAUAACCGUGUGUUCGUAUAUGCUUGUUGUCUCGUUAACAAAAAAGGGAAAAGCUUAGUAAAUUGCGUGGUGCCUGCUGCUGCGUCAUUCCGAGCAAUCAAAUCGAAAUAUCACGAGAUCGCGUGAGCUCCGAACUCGCUUCGGAACUUUCUCAAAAAGUAUGCAAUCGUAGUAUUUUUAAAAACUUCUCAACCCUCGAGGUAUUUGGAACCUACAUUUUUAUCUCAUCUCAAAAAAUUCGAUCAAUUAUUUUAUCCUGCAUCCUCCCAACUUUCAGUUGUCUAUCAAGGCCCAGCAGUACCGAGUCUGUUUCUCAAUAUCAUCCUCAAUCGGACGUACGCUUUGGUCGUUCUCCCAAACCCUCAAACAAAAUCGCGUUUCUCAUGUAUUUAUGCUCUUGACGCGGAAUAUUGAAUUGAGGAAGAAAAAAAUCCCUGCGCCAGGUACCACGGCAAUGACAAUUGAAAAGAGGUGUAUGUAAACGAAAUUUACCAAUCUAUUGAAUAAUGUUUUGUCCAAAACUGACAUAUCUUAAAGGAGGAACAACACGAGUUAUAAGAUUUUAUGUGGACGACGAAUAUAUGGAAACGAGUAAUGAAGCAAUCUCGGCUAUGGUCAAUUUUCUACAAGCUUUAUUUUACCGGAUAUACAUAUAUAUUGUCCUAGAAAAAUUGUGUAUGUGUAAACCUGAGAUCAAACGAUGCGAAUGCUACUUAAUAAUAAUAAUAAUAAGAAAUAAUAAUAAUAACAACAAAAUUAUAUGAAUAGUGGAAGCCUAGAUCGUAAUUGAAGGUAAAAUAUGAAUAAUUUUAAGGGUGACUAGAUCAGAUUCUUUCUUUUCGUUUUUUCGUCGAAAAAGUACAUGGGCAAGGCAAAUCGAACAAAGAACGCGUGUGAGCUUUCCAUUAUAUUUAUUCACAAAACUUGCAAUCCCACGAUUUCCCAUGUCGUUAUACUCGUUCGAAGCGUACGGGGUCAGGCACAGCCGAGUCGUUGAUCGCAGCAGAUUUUUUCCAUUCGAUAUUAUUUCACCAAGAAACUUCAAUUUUCCCCGACCGGGUGAAGUUGCGUUUUUGCACUUUUUCGUCGCCCCGAUUGCCAUUCGAACAGAAGCAUCGGCGCGCGACUCGGUUCGUUCGAAAGCAGAACGAAUUAGCAACUCUUCGAACGAGCAUAACUCGAUAGUGAUGGGGAGAAAAACAGAGGCAAUUUGUGCGAAAAUCCCGUGAAAUUUUACACGAAAACAUUCGUCGCAAUGUUGUUGAAUCGACGAUAAAAUUGAUUUAUCAUGUACGAAUAGGCUAUUCGCUCGGACCGAGAUGCGGAUUAUUUAAAAAAAAAAAGAAAAAAAAACAAACAAGGCUGAAGUUGAUGCACGCGCGUAUAUAUAAAUGUGUAAUAUCGAUAUUCACACAAAUAUAUAUAAGCGUGUUCUUACAUUGACGUGAUAUUCAACACAAAAAUGGAUGAAAUCCUUUUCGAACUAUCGUCACAAAGAUAUAAGAAAAAAGAAUGAUUGGAACAAGCACUACGAUGAAAUAAUAUAACUGAAUAAUAAUAGUAGUAAUAACAAUGAUAACGCGAACGAAAGGAACGGAGGGACAAUGAAAAAGAACGAAAGAAAAUCGCAAAUGACACAAAUGAACGAACGAUAUAUUAGAUAAUAUAUUAUUACGAAAUAUUAUUAUUAUUACAUUACAUAUAUAUAUAUAUAUAAAUAUAUAUAUAUAUACACAUGAAUAUAUUAUAUAUAAAUAUGAAAUACCGAGUAUGAUGCUAAAUGAACUAUUUCUAUUAUGUCCGUCUGCAAAGUCUAUUAGAAGAGUCUAUAUCAAUAUAAACCUAUGAUUAAAAUUCUAAACCACACACUACCUAUCACAAGACAUACACACCGAAUCGCAUAUCUAGAAAAAGUGUCCUCGCGCGUUUCUGCAAAUGCAUCGUCCAUUAUAUAAAAUAUAUAUGUAUGUACAUAUUAAGGUGUCUCUCAUGAUUGUGAGGUGUGUGUCUGUGUACGCUCCAGUCAAUCGGUAUGCAUUUAUAUAUAUACAUAUGUAUGUGGAUACGGGGCGUUCCGUUGCGAGUCACUGGCCCGGAGGAUGUGUUGGAUUUUUCGCGAUCACCCUCGUCAACAGUUUGUUUCCUCAUUCGCGGAAUCGCCAUUAAUCUGUAGCGAUUAUUUUGAAGGAUUUCUUUUGUUCCACUUUUGACGUAGCUCGCGGUAAGGGAUGCAGAGAAAAAGUUUCCGAAUGAAAAAUCGGUGAUCCGGAAGCGGCUGACCCGGCGUCGAAUGCCUCGGGAUUUUCCAUAUUUAUAUGUAUUUACAUAUAGAAUCGUAUACGAUACACACUGUGCGUCGUGUGUGUUGAGAAGAGCGAAGGAAAAUGAAGCCCGCGGAAAGGGAGACUCCUUUCCACCCUCGCCGCAUCUCUCUUCACUAAGAAAAACGAAUUCGUACACCAUGUCAAUAUCCAAUAUUUCCCUAUUGUAUUGUAACGAUCGAUCAUUGUAAUACGCAUUGCACAGAGUACACUAGCUUUCAUCGUUGUCACGGCCCCCCCCCCCCCCCGCAAAUAGCUCUCAAUGAAGAAAAACUGUAGCGAACGAGUGCUGCUCCGAAAUCGCCUUCCCUCGAUUGUUCUAUUUGUAUUAUAUAUAUGGUAUGCAUAUGACAAAUUGGAGUUUACGUCGUCGAUGGUUUUGUACCGAAACGUCAGGGUCGCGCCGGUCUUGCCGAGAUCGUCGCAUUCCCGGCAUGUGUCAUUACGUAUUUUUUUACUUUUUUUCUUGCUUACCCAGGAAAAUCGAAUUACCGUCGCUCGCUGGACUAUCGGAGAGCACGAAAUUCAGUCGGACUGCCGACGGAGUCCUUGUCGAGUCCGGCGAUCGGCGAGCUCGUCAAUACCAACGCGUACCCAUUUUUCUACGACGAUGUGGCUAUUCGACGAAUGAUUAAUUCAAAUCUCGACGAAUAAUGGUCGAUUACGGAAUGUUCGAAAUUUCGAUACUCGAUGACACACCGAUCGAAUGAGCUCUGCGACAAACGGCAGUGCGGGCGAUCGAAGAAAUGCGAAUUUAAGUAAGAGGUCCUAAAUAUUACUGACGAAAAUGACUCCUCGUCGUAAAAAUGAAAAUAAUAUUAUAUAUAUAUAUAUAUAUAUAAAAGGAAAACGCGUAAUAAUCAUUAUUAUUAUUAUGUAGCACCGAAUGAUUGAAUCACCGCCCCCGCCCCGGCGUAUAUGUUUGUACACCCCAACACACGAGUUAUGAAUAACGCGCGUAUGAUCAAAGUACCGUGUGGUCGGUAUCGUGAAUAAAAACAAAAAUCAUUUUAUAA